GCGCAGCCGCCAGCUCAGUGAAGGCGCGAGGAGCCCCGCAGGCUCCGGCGCAGCAGGAGGUGUGCGAAGUCGGGGUGCGGGGAGAGCUCGAAGCAGAAGAGGGAGAACGAACGAGGGUGAGCACGCUGAGCAGCCGUGCGUGCGCUCCGCCCGCUCUGCGCCACAGGAUCGCCUGACGAAGCACAAGGCAGCAGGGUCUCUGUCCUGAGGACAUUGCUGCCACCCAGGCAUUCAGAGAACCAACCACAUAGAAUCUGAAGGUCGAAGCAGCCCCAGUCUGGGACCGAGGAAGAGCGGAGCCAGAACGCAGAUCCCAGACUCUGGAGGAGAAAGGAGAGUGGAUUCCGGAGACAGCACGUCGCGAGCCCCAGAGCUCCCAGGAUAGUCAGGAUCGCGCGCUUCGCCGCUGGACGGCACGCCCCCCUUAGCUUCUGCACUCUCCCCUCUGGGCACUUCCUCACCUGCCCCAGAGGAACUUUCACCCGCAGAGGUGCAGGACAAAGCCACGCACCCGGCGCCCACCAUGCGCCUCAACAGCUCCGCGCCGCAGGGCGCCCCUGGUGAACCCGGCGCCCAGCCCUUCCCUUGGCCGCAAUCAGGACUGGAGGCGAUGCUCUUGGCGCUCGGCUUGGGCAAUGGCUCUGGCAACAGCUCGGAAUCCGUCCCGGCAGCGCCUAACAGCGACCUGGACGUGAACACUGAUAUCUAUUCCAAGGUGCUGGUGACCACCGUAUACCUGGCGCUCUUCGUGGUGGGCACUGUGGGCAACUCAGUGACAGCCUUCACUCUAGCGCGGAAGAAGUCUCUGCAGAGCUUGCAGAGCACUGUGCAUUACCACCUGGGCAGCCUGGCACUGUCCGACUUGCUCAUCCUGCUGCUAGCCAUGCCCGUGGAGCUGUACAACUUUAUCUGGGUGCACCAUCCCUGGGCCUUUGGGGAUGCCGGCUGCCGUGGCUACUAUUUCCUGCGUGAUGCCUGCACCUAUGCCACAGCCCUCAAUGUGGCCAGCCUGAGUGUGGAGCGGUACUUGGCCAUCUGCCAUCCCUUCAAGGCCAAGACCCUCAUGUCCCGCAGCCGCACCAAGAAAUUCAUCAGUGCCAUAUGGCUAGCCUCGGGGUUGCUAGCUGUGCCCAUGCUCUUCACCAUGGGCCUACAGAACCGCAGUGCUGAUGGCCAGCACCCUGGUGGCUUGGUGUGCACACCCAUUGUGGACACGGCCACAGUCAAGGUCGUCAUCCAGGUUAACACCUUCAUGUCCUUUGUGCUCCCCAUGCUGGUCAUCUCCAUCCUAAACACUGUGAUUGCCAACAAACUGACAGUCAUGGUGCAGCAGGCCAACGAGCAGGGCCGGGUCUGCACUGUGGGGACCCAGAACAGUUUACAGCACAGCACAUUCAGCAUGUCCAUCGAGCCUGGUCGUGUCCAGGCCCUGCGCCAUGGAGUCCUCGUCCUACGUGCUGUUGUCAUUGCCUUUGUGGUCUGCUGGCUGCCCUACCACGUGCGGCGUCUCAUGUUCUGCUAUGUCUCGGAUAAACAGUGGACUACGUUCCUCUUCGACUUCUACCACUACUUCUACAUGCUGACCAACGCUCUCUUCUACAUCAGCUCUGCCAUCAACCCCAUCCUCUACAACCUGGUCUCAGCCAACUUCCGCCAGGUCUUCCUGUCCACGCGCUGCCUGUGUCCUGGGUGGCGGCACCGGAAGAAGAGGCCAACGUUCUCUAGGAAGCCGAACAGCAUGUCCAGCAACCAUGCCUUCUCCACCAGCGCCACUCGGGAGACCCUGUACUAGGCCCUGAGGAGGCUGGGAGGAGGCCUCAGCCUCUGUUCAGGGCAGCACCCUCCUAGGCCUCCACGGGGCCAACUAGUGGCCAGUCUAAACCGUGCCAGUGAGGCUGGGGCACCCUCCACCUGGAAGCUUCUUUCUUUCCAGUUUCUCUUUCUUUUCUUCCUCUGCCCCCUCCUCCCCAAUCCUCUGUUCUUGCUCCUAUCCCUCUCCUACCUCCAAUUUAAAAAAUGAGAACAGAGGCUGCUUCUCUUCCUGCUCCCCAAAAGGCCUCUAACAAGAAGAAAUUAGCACUCACCAAGGAUAGCCUCCUUUGUUCCCAGACUAAUGGAUGUUUAGAAAGAAGAAAUGAAAGCACCUCCUGGGCUCUCGGGCAGAUGGGCUACUGCAGUCAUCACAGCACCGUGGGGCCGCACCAGCUGGGCCAGGCAGUGACUGAAGCUGUACUUGGGCUCCAAGUUCAUAGGCAUAGGCUCCAUGUCAGCUUCCUCCUGCCUCCACUCCUGCCCUGGCCCAGCAGAUCCUGUGGCUCUCUCUGAGCCUCAUGUCCAGACCCUUCCUUGGCAGGCUGGCACACUGCCUCUCCCAGAGUGGUCCAGAGAAAUCCCCAACAUUCUCCUUAAGGCUCAGGGUCCACAACAGAAAGCUGAGAGGAUCCACACCUCUGUCUCCACCCAGGACAGCUAUAGCCCACUAAAGAGACCCAAGUUCUCACUGGAGUCAUACAGACCUGGGACUCCUGUCUUAGGCCUGUCCUCACAAGAACAAGCUUCAAGUGGCCUUGCAGGGACACCUGCACUGGCACCUUGACCUCUUGAAUCUGCAAAAGGAUGGCAGAUAAGUGGGGCCUGGCCUCCCCUGUCCAGGUGCCUUUGCAGGGGGAGGAAUACACAGUUCUGCGUCUCUAUACAGCUGUAGAGAUUAAAGUCUGGCAGCUGCUGGCUUCAGGGCAGGACUCCUGAGAAGGGCACUGAGCCAGGUCCUCAGCAAGAUGCCAGUGUCUGAAACUGUGCAGGUAAGGAAAGACCAACACCCCAGCAUCCAGCUGGCCAGCAGCCCCAGACUGAGGCAUAUGUCAAUUUGUUACCAGCUGCCAAGCAGCCGCCCUGGCCCAGGUUCUAGGCGCCCAGAAAAGCAGGCACCUUUCAUCUCUGGGCGCUGUCUCCAAACAAGACAGAACCAUCUAGCCUGCAGCCAAAAAAGUUGGCUGAGCACUUGGAGAUGGUCCCAGGAUGCCCUGGACCAGCAGGGUAGGACUAGCAGGAGGGCCAGAGAACCAAGCUCAGCCUUUUG